AUGAAAUUCUCUCUCGCCCUCGCCGGCGCCGCCCUUACGAGCAGCGCCCUGGCGGCCAACCUGCCCGUUAUCACCACCAAGGGCAACAAAUUCUUCUACUCCAACAACGGCACCGAGUUCUUCAUCCGUGGUGUUGCCUACCAGCAGGAAUACUCCGCCAACAGCUCGUCCUCGGACAACUCGGACUACACCGACCCUCUGGCCGACGACUCCAACUGCGAGCGCGACAUCCCCUACCUGAAGGAGCUGCGCACCAACGUCAUCCGAACCUAUGCCGUUGACCCCACCAAGAGCCACGACCGCUGCAUGGGUCUGCUGGCAGACGCCGGCAUCUACCUGAUCACUGAUCUGUCCUCGCCCAGCGAGUCCAUCAACCGUGCCGAUCCUGCCUGGAACGUCGAUCUCUAUAACCGUUACACCGGCGUUGUUGAUGCUUUCGCCAACUACACCAACGUCAUCGGUUUCUUUGCCGGUAACGAAGUCUCCAACAGCAAGAACAACACCAACUCGAUUGCGUUCGUCAAGGCUGCCGUGCGUGACAUGAAGGCCUACAUCAAGAAGAACCACCGUGAGUCCCUGGUUGUUGGAUACGCCACUGAUGACGAUGCCGAUCUCCGUGCGGACCUGAAGGACUACCUGGUCUGCGGUGACGAGGAUAGCCGAAUUGACAUGUUUGGAUACAACAUCUACGAAUGGUGCGGUGAAUCGAGCUUUUCCACUUCUGGAUACGAGGAGCGCACCAAGGAAUUCGAGGACUACCCUGUCCCUGCUUUCUUCUCCGAAUAUGGCUGCAUUGACCCUCGUCCUCGCAAGUUCACCGACGUCCCCGUCCUGUUCGGCCCCAAGAUGAACGACGUCUGGAGCGGUGGUAUUGUCUACAUGUACUUCCAAGAAGCCAACGACUAUGGUCUGGUCAGCGUUGAUGGCGAUGAAGUCAAGACCCGGUCUGACUUCUCCUACCUCUCCAAGGAGAUGCAGAGUGUCACCGCUACUGGUGUGAACAGCAACUCCUAUUCUGCCACCAACACUGCCAUCCCCAGCUGCCCUGCCGUUGGCAAGGACUGGGAAGCCAGCUCCGACCUUCCUCCUUCUCCUAACGCCAACCUCUGCUCUUGCAUGGAGGACACUCUGACCUGCAAGGUGAAGGAUAACGUCGACGAGGAUGAGUACGGUGAGAUCUUCGACUACAUCUGUGGCAUCGACGACGGCACCUACUGCGCUGGUCAGGCCGCGAACUCCACCACCGGAACCUACGGAGCGUACAGUGUCUGCACCACCAAGCAGCAGCUUUCUUGGGUCAUGAGCCAGUACUACAAGUCCCAGAACAGCGCCGAUGCUUGCGACUUUGACGGCCGCGCUGAGACCGUUGACGCCUCGGACUCUAGCAACAGCUGCAAGAGCCUGCUCGACGAGGCUGGCGACAACGGGACCGGCAACGUCACCACUCCUGACGGCGGUGUUGGCGGCGACGCCUCCGGCUCUGGCUCUAGUGCUGGCAGCGAGACCUCUGAUGGCGCUGCCGGUCUCGGACCCCGUCCCAUGGCUGUCUUCGUUGGCAACUGGCAGCUCGGUGCCUACAUCAUGACCAGCGCUGUUGCUGGUCUUGGUAUGCUUCUUCUGUAG